AAUUAUACACUGCCACAUUGUGGUGGGGAGGGUUUGCGAAAAAUCUGCCCAGAGCUCUACAGGGAAUAUGAAAAUACUGUCUUUGGCACAGAAGUGUUUACACGUAUUGACCUCUGCUCGAUGCACAAGAAAAGUCAGGCGUCUGGUUAUUAUCACUGUGAGACCUCGAUAAGAGUAGGACUGAAUAGCACACCACAUCCUUCCAGCUUCCUUGUAGAGAGUUCUGAUGUUGCUAAUACACUUGAGCCUCCUCCAGAGAAGUUAGCAAAACAGGUGCAAUUGGAAAAGCCCAUUAAAUCAGAAGACUUUAAGGGGGAAGACAUGGUUUGUAGAUUCCAUCUAACUCAACUAUCUGCUAUAGAGCCUCCAAGUCAGGAUGGAAGUACCCAAAGUCCUUGGAGAAGUUUAUCCACUUGUGAUGCCUUCACACAAGUGGAUCACCUAUUCAAUGGGAUUCCGCAAGUACAAAAAGAGGGAUUUGACAAAAUACAUGACGAUUUAGUGGAUAUAAGAACCACUAUCCGGUCUAGUCUAGAAAGUACUCAAGCUGGAAUGCAAAAUGGUCUGGAUCGUCUGCAGUCUGCUGUUCAGAAAGAAGCUGGGAAAAGUUCUGCCUAUUCUGGUUUGCCUGCAAUAGAAACUGAAAUGAGAGAACUGAAAUGCAUUGUUCAGUCUGAGAUAAAACGGGUUGAGAGGUCUAUCAAGUCAAGCUUUGAUAUUCUGAAUAGUAAUAUUGCUGCACUGAAUCAGAAUAUUGUUGAACUGGGCAAUGUGCUAACUCUGAUUCAUGCUUGUAAUUCUUCUGGUGCAAUGUCUCAAGAUGUCUGA